GCAACUCACGGACUUUAUCUGCUAUAUUAGGGGUUUUUUGAUUUUAUUUUUGUUUGUUCCUACCCCCCUCUUGAUAAGUGUGCAUAAUAAUGAUGUCAACCCUGGUCAAGCAAUCUCUUCUAAGGGUUCGUUGUACUGCUCGAUGGAAUGUUACACGUCAGGCCUCUUCUUCCACAGCAUCAGCAACAGCUGCAGCACGUCUAGCUUACGAGGAAGCUAUUAAUUUAAUCCAAGUAGAUAAAAAGGAACGUCUUCAAAUGUUGAACCGUGUGGAGAAGGAGAUCGCCCGUAUUGCGAAAAGUGCCACACCAGCUCAAUUAAAAGCACUCAAUGCUCUAAAGUAUGAUUUGGAAGUGAAGUCAGAACUCAACGAACCAGAGGUUCAAAGAAAUUUCAAACUUCGAAAUAGUAAGUUAAGGACAAAAUCCAACUGUACUGUUAGUGAUUGUCUUAACGAAACAAUAAACAAAAAUGUAGUUGACAUGUCAAAGCCUGUGUAUCGUUAUAUGCGACAAAAAGAAUUCGAGAAACAACCUAAAGCUAUACUAAUGCAGCGUAUUACUCAAAUGAAUGUUAUACCUGACCUUUUGAAUACAGAUAUGAAUCCAACUGUUCAAGUAAAUAUCAAACUACCUGAACAAGGUACAAUAGAGCCUGGCAUUUUCAUCAAAUCUGAAGAAAGUGUUAAGCUACCUGAAAUCGAAGUGGUGAACUUCCACGAUGAACCUAGAUUAUAUACUUUGAUGAUGAUUGACCCAGAUUCGCCUGAUGUUGAAAAUAAAACAUAUCAACAACGUUGUCAUUGGUUAAUAUCGAAUGUCAGUCUAUCAGCUACUUCACCUAUCGUUAAAGAAGGUGAUAUCGUCCUCGAUUAUAUUCCACCUCAUCCUGAAAAGGGCACUAAAUAUCAUCGAUAUACUGUUAUUGCUUACGAACAACCGAACGAAGGCAAGGACAGAGUGGAACUCAAAGUAGAAAGUAGAAAUCGUAUGAACGUCAAAAAUAUAGCUGAUCAACAUGGAUUAAAACCAACUGGUGUCAGUUUCUUCCGCGAGGUGUGGGAUGAACAUGUGCCAACAAUUUAUAAAGAUAUUCUUAAAGAACACGAGCCUGUUUAUGGCAAACCCCCUAGAGUUCAACCUAUCAUUAAACGAGCUGUAUAUUACUCAUAAAAGCAAUACUAGUCUUGACCACUAUGUAUACAUAAAAUUGUAAAUGAAGAAUAAAAUUAUGUGUAUUAUACCUACGUCUGGUAGAGCUUUAUCCCGUCAAG